GAUCAGCUGAUCUGACCUGGCAACAAAAUAACGUAGCUAGAGCAAUCUGUCAGGGAGGGGGGCUGAAGAACAAAACAAUGACACUGCUUGGAAGAAUUUAAAUACAGUAACUCUUCUAAAGACUUUUAAAACCGAAUCGCGGCGAUUUCCCUCCCGGUGUUUAGUGAAAGAGCCCGCAGAUAUUCGAGCUUUUGACAUCGACUAGCUGUUGUUUGUUGAUAUGUUGUUGCUGUUUAGUUGACAGACUGGAGGCUAGCUGCUUGCUUGGACGGCUGUGAGCUGUGGUGGUUUGCUGGCUCGCUAAUUGCAGCUUUUGUUUGAGGUGGGGGAAAAAAGUUGAAAUUGUCCGGCUAAAGUAGCUAGUUCUAAGCUAACUGUUCAUAUUUGGUUGCCAAGUAAUUUACUGAAUUUGCAAGGUAUAGACCCACAGAGGGUCAGCUUGCUAGUUAGCCUGUUGUUAGCAUUAACAUUUGCUCAUUUUUGUUUUGGUAUUUUUUUUCCCAAGGAGGGUUCUUUGUCUCGUUAGGUACUGGUUACCUGUACACACUUAUGUGUUACCUAACAGUUUCUUUCUUGCCUUAGAUAUAUAUUUUAGGUAAUACUGCUGCUAAAUGCUAACUUUAAUGCAUGAACAAGCUAACAGGGUGAAAGGAUAUUAAACGUUACUGAAGAAGACGACGGCUUUUACUUCACUGCCUUUGUUAGGUGCACUAAAUGGCAUUAGAUCAACCGGUUUAGGUGUCUGAAUUUCAUACCGCUAAAACUAAUUUGAUCACUUACAUCAGUGUUUAAACUUUGUAUUAAAUCAGUGUAUUAGCAGCCCUGUUAUCAUGCAGCUGUCUUAAGUUUAUUUUAUUGUAUUUGGGCAUUUUAGUUUUCAGUAUUACUGCACUGUGCAUUUUUCAUUAAUUGCUAUUGGAAGUAGCUGGUGCUGUUGUCAAAGCUGUUCCAAUAAGCGCCAGUCUGUAUUCAAGCUCACUCCUUAAGAAACGAUGAAUGGGUAUGGCUCAUCUUCAGAAAAGGGAGUCAAUACUAGUCUGAUAUGUCAGGAGAGUUAUUCCUGUGGUGGCUUUGAGGAGGCGGCAUUUGAGUGUGUUGAUUGCAAAAGCCUGCAGUGUGUUCGCUGUGAGCUCGACCUCCAUAGUCAUGACCGGCUAAAGAACCACGAGCGGGUCCAGCUAGGUCCUGGACAUGUCCCAUACUGUGACAACUGUAAAGGAGGUAGUGGGGAUAGUGGCACGCGCCAUCGAUCUGUGGUCCGUUGCCAGAACUGCAAAGUUAACCUGUGUCAGGACUGUCAGAAACGUACCCACAGUGGAGGCAACAAGAAGAAACACCAGCUUACACAUUAUCCUCCGCCACCCAAACCUGCAGAAGGCAACUCUGUCCAAACAUCUGCCCAGCCUGCUGUCUGUAUAGCCGAUGAGAUCAAAUCUCAGAAGGCUAAACUUCUGGAGAAGGUAUCAAGCUUUCUUCUGGUUGAUGAGAAUGAGGAAAUGCAGAUAAAAGAUGAAGCUUCCUUCAUGAAGAGCCUCAGCUGCUCGCCCGACCAGCUGCUGAAGGUGGUGUCCAUCUUUGGUAACACGGGAGAGGGCAAAUCUCACACCUUGAACCACACAUUCUUCAUGGGCAGAGAGGUGUUCAAGACAUCUCCCGCACAAGAGUCGUGCACAGUGGGAGUGUGGGCGGCAUUUGAUCCCAUCCAUAAAUUAGUGGUCAUUGAUACAGAGGGGCUGCUUGGGAACAGUUCCAAACAAGGCCAGAGAACACGUCUCUUACUCAAGGUGCUCGCCAUCUCUGACCUCAUCAUCUACCGCACCCAUGCUGACCGUCUCCACGAUGACCUCUUCAAGUUCCUCGGAGAUGCUUCGGACGCAUAUUUGAAGCAUUUCACCAAGGAACUGAAGGCAACGACAGCACGCUGUGGCCUGGAUGUUCCACUGUCCACCCUGGGCCCCGCUGUAGUCAUCUUCCAUGAAACAGUCCACACUAAGUUGCUGGGUUCAGAUAAGUCAUCCGAGUCAGUAGAUCGGCUGCUGUUGGAGCGCUUCAGGAAGCUUUCACGCUUUCCAGAGGCCUUUAGUUCUGUCCACUACUGGGGUACGCAGACUCUCAGUCCUCCUACUGACUUUCGUGGCCUACAGAAUAAACUGGAGCAGCUCCUGGAUAACAACGCCACCCGUUCUCCACGCACGCCUGUGGUCAUCUUCAAAGCCCUGCAGGCACUGAGCGAGCGCUUCAGUGGGGAAAUUGCAGGUGAGCUGGUAGCACACAGUUGCUUCUUUCCUGAUGAAUACUUCACCUGCUCUAGCCUGUGCCUCAGUUGUGGCUCUGGCUGCAAGAACAGCAUGAACCACUUAGGAGAGGGAGUGCGCCACGAGGCGAGGCAUCGCUGUCGUUAUUCUGCUCAGUAUGAUAAUCGCAUUUACACCUGUAAAGCUUGCUAUGAAGGAGGAAAAGAAGUGAUAGUUGUCCCAAAGACCUCAGCCUCCUCGGAUUCUCCAUGGAUGGGCCUCGCAAAAUAUGCCUGGUCUGGGUAUGUUAUUGAAUGUCCCAACUGUGGAGUGAUCUAUCGAAGCCGACAGUACUGGUAUGGAAACCAGGAUCCUGUUGAUACAGUCGUCCGCACCGAGAUCCAACAUGUUUGGCCGGGAUCGGAUGGCUUUUUAAAGGACAACAGCAAUGCUGCACAGCGGCUUCUGGAUGGAGUGAACCUAGUGGCCCAGUCUGUGUCAGAGCUCAGUGUCAAACCCGCCAAGGCCGUCACCUCUUGGCUGACAGAUCAGAUCGCCCCAGCCUACUGGAAACCCAACUCCCUCAUCUUGGUGUGCCACAAGUGUCACACAGUCUUCCAGGAUAACGACACCAAGCAUCACUGCCGUGCCUGCGGGGAGGGCUUCUGUGAUGGCUGCUCUUCCAAAGCUGCACCCGUCCCCGAGAGAGGCUGGGGUCUUGCCCCUGUCAGAGUGUGUGACGUCUGCUUUGAGCAGAGAUCUUCAUAUGCAGAAUUACUUGAAGCAGAGCAAGAAGAGGAAGAAGGUGGAACACUUGCUAGGAAGGUUGGAGAAGCUGUCACCAACACAUUCGGAGUCGUGGUCACUGCUAUUGAUAUCCCACUAGGCCUAGUGAAAGACGCAGCUCGUCCUGCCUACUGGGUUCCUGACCAGGACAUCCUGUCGUGCCACAACUGCCAGCGCGAGUUCACUGCCAAGCUGUCCAAGCACCACUGCCGCGCCUGUGGCCAAGGAGUGUGCGAUGACUGCUCCCCCGAGCGCCGACCCGUUCCAUCGCGUGGCUGGGACCACCCUGUGCGCGUGUGCACCAGCUGCAACCAGAAACCCGGAGAACUUUAACAGGGACGGCUUUCCUUCCUCAGAACACCGUAUUGAACCGCUCACUAACUCAGCAGCCUGUCUCUGCUAAAGUAUACCUCUCUUGCUGUCUCAUAUCAGUGGAAGGGAAAUUUUUAGGCAUAUAUGUAGGACAUUUAGCAGAUUGGGGAUUUCAGCGUUCCCGUGGCCUUUGUAGAACAGCCAGAACGUGUGAGCUACUCGAUCGAAACUCGAGCGUUUCUACUCUGAUCAUCCGCGGUGUCAGUGUUUUGAUUCUUAUUGACACGAAUCCCUAAUUUUACUUGUAAUAAGGCUGUCAAGCUAUUUUUCUACUGUCAGAAAAUAUAACGAAAAAUAUCAUUUAAAUAAUAAUAAUAGCUAGUUGAGAAUGCUGGAUGGGUUGGUGUGAUUAGUUUCCAGCAAUUCCUGUUAUUGAGCAUUUUCUCUGAUGUCAUAUACGUAAUGGCAAAGAGAUAUUUUAAACACAUGCAGCCUACUGCAGGUUCCUUUGCAUGCAUGUACUGCAACAUUUUAGUUUUUGCACUACGCCUUGUUCAGCUGUUAUAGGCUGUUGCUUACCAUGGCCAAAAAGCCAGAUAUCCAGGUGACGAAGCGGUUGCUCCAAACUGAGUUGAAAUCUACCGCAGGAGGUCUUGAUUUUGGAUAUCUGGCAUGCCAAAAAUCAUUCAGGUCACUGUGUCUGUGCUGGUAUUUUAUCAUGUAAUAUGUGGUCGUAUGAAGACGUAGAACUAUGUUAGAGGAAAUGUUGAAAGUUAUUUAAGUAUCGACAAUUGAAAAAAAAAAUAUUCGCACUCUGGCAUGCAUGACAGUGUGAGAGAUCAUGGCCUUUAAUUUGUUCAGAGGACGGUCUCUGAAUGAACCUCACUAUCUCUUUUAGUUAGCGGCAUUUCAGUGUUCUUAUGUUACAACAUGUACUUCAUGUUCAUAGUGUUUUUAUUUUUGACAACUUUUGUUUGAAUUAUUAUAUAAAUAUUUAAUAUUUGCAGUUCCUGCCUGCAUUGCAUAUGGAUGUUGUCUUUCAGAACUCAAAGAUACACAAAUGGUCUUCAAACUGGUUUUACUUAUUCCACUCAUGCCUCCAGGUCUCUGUAGAUGCAGUCUGUCAUGAUAAAGCCUCUUGACAAAGCACAAUGGUAUUUUUUUGUUCUGCUUAUAAUGACUUGUUUUUUCUGUUACUUUACAUCCGUUAUUGAAAGCUGUUUGCUUUAGCUUUUUUUUGUUGGUUGACAUCAUUCACUGUAUGUAUAUUUAUAGACUUUGUAGUGACACUUUGUGAACCACCCUUUUUCUGUCUUGUUUGUUUUUGUGUUUCAGCAUUACGCAGAAAUACUAAUGCUCGAAUGUGUCGAAGGCGAGACGUCGAACCAUAUGUAGCGACUGAGAGCUUUAAUUAUGUCUUUCAUCAUUAACUACUUUUGUUUUACUGAGUAUUGAGACCAUUAUCAUAUAAAGCACAUGGUGAUGCCUUUUAGACGUAUGCUCAUAUUUUAUUGUCAAAAAAAGCAACAAGGAAAAAAAGGGGGUUUGUCGAUUGUAUGCUUUGUAGAUAAAGUUAAUUCUCCCUUUGCCUAACGUGGAACUUUUUGGUUCUGAUGUCUGAUGAGAAGAUGUUGUGUCUGCCUUGUCUCAAAAUAGAUUUAUCUGUCUGAGUGUUUCAUCACACACACACCUUCCUUUGAGAUGCCAAUGUUGCACAGGAUAUAAUAGGAAAUGCAUUAUGUCAGAUUACUAGUACUGGAGUUCAUUGCCAUGCAUAUCUUUGCAGACUGUUCAAAUACCCGUUAUAGUGUUUGAGAUGUACAUUUGAUCCCUUUAUUUUUAAUUGGGUAAGGUGCUACUGUCAACGCUCCUGACCUACAGACUCCAAACCAAGCAGAAAUGACUGAUAGAAUUUAAACUGUUGGAAACUAACUUGAAGAAAUGGUGGAAGAUUUGCAUAAGAUUAAAGUUGUAUCAGCUCCCGUCUGUUAAAACAUAA